AUGCCUAUUCAUAAAUAUCAGCCCAAGCGGCAGAAGAAAAAGCCUGUCGCUUGCAAUCGAUGUCAUACUCACAAAGUUAGAUGUUCCGGCGAAAAGCCAUGUGCCCGAUGUCGUCAAGCUGGCUGUGGUGAUCUGUGUGAAUAUCAGCAACGUGACAGGAAGCUCAAGGUCAAUGAGAGCUAUAUUGAUCAGAUCCUCCUUGAGAACGCUCAUCUCAAAGAACGAUUGGAAACCCUCACUUCUUCUCGCCCAUCACCUGCCAAUUCAGACCUCAGCUCAUCUUAUCCUCAAGGCCCUUAUCACAUAGUCCAAAAUCCACUGCUAGGAGAGCGUGCUUGGUUCUAUCCUUACGAUCCCUCAGCUCCCCUAUAUAUAUGGGAGCUGCUGCCUCUCACAUUGCUCGAACUCAAUACACACCAGAAGCAUUACUGCUCGAAGGGGAGACCCAAUGGCCGUCGCUUCCACAAGCUCGGUUACUCCGUCCGCAUUGUCUUCAACCAGUUAAGCCGCGUAUAUCAUCUAUUCCUGCGCAAAUCUACCCUGGAGCAAUUGGAGUCAAUCUAUCGAGACCCACCCAAACAUGAUGACCCGUCUUUGACAUGCAAAUUUUUCGCUCUUUUCGCCUUAGGGGAGGUAUACUCCUGUCGGUCUGAUUCUUCGACUCAAGGUCGUGUGCCAGGUACCAAAUACUAUGUGCGAGCAAUGAAUUUGACACCCAUUCUACCAGAACGGCCUGCGUUGAUUCAUAUCGAAAGUCUGUUGCUCUUGUCUCUUUUUUCAUACUUUCUCAAUCGACGUCAUGCAGCGUACACGUUGAUUGGCAAUGCCAUGCGUCUUGGUCUGAUACUGGGAUUGAACCAUAACAUCUCUGAACGCCAAUGCACGGACCCCACAGAGCGACAGCAUCGAAUUCGGCUCUGGUGGGCUAUAUAUGUUUAUGAUCGUAUGUGGGGUUCCAAAAUUGGUUUCCCACUUCAGAUCCGAGAUGAUGAUAUUCAUGUUGACAUGCCGUCCCAAGUCUCUUGCCCUGCGUAUGAGGAGCAGUUCUCCGAUACCGCAUACUUAGUCGCCAGUAUUCAGCUAGCUCGAAUCGUCGGUCAAGUCAUCGAUAAAAUCUACAGCCACAAGCAGCAUCCAGAGUCGUUCUUGCAGAGAGAACAGCAACUGUUGCUAGCUCAGCAGGAGUGGCUGCAGUCACUCCCAGCACACAUCAAGCUACACACUGAUGGAGGGCCCCCACCGAAGCAUAUCGUCUCUCUUCAUCUGCAGUUCAAUCAGUGUGUCAUCUUGGCUACACGCCCUAUUAUUCUUCACGCUCUUCUCCAUCAACGAGGCCAUCGAGAAAAUAGUGAAGACCUCCCCCGGCCUGCCAUUACCCUGAGUGAAGCCUGUAUCCAUGCUGCACGGCAUUCGCAUGCUCUCAUCGUCGAAGAAUGGGUCAAUGGCUCUCUGCCAAUGUACGGAUACUUCUAUGCUCAGUACUUGUUCUCUUCUGCCACAGUUCUUGUCAUAUCCGGGCUUCUGCCAGCUUUCGGCAACCCCGCGGAUCUCGACUCCAUUGAGGUAGCGAUCGAAAUAUUGUCUCGUAUGAGCGAUCAUGGAAACCUUGCGGCGGCGGAGUUCCACGACAAUCUCAAGCAAGUCAAACAUUCUUUACCAGGCAAUGUCGGCAAAAGUGUCGAGAAAGCCGGCGAGUUACCCCGACAAUCGCUGCAAAGGUCCUUCUCGCUCCCUCCGACAGGAGACCAGGCCAUCGAAAAUGGUGGCGUUUCACCUCUCCCUGUUGCAGGUUUCACUACUGAAAUGGCCUUCUUGGAGCCAAUGAUGCAGGACUUUCUCGGUAUUCCAGAUAAUGAGAUUGAAGCCAUCCAUCCUGAUUUACUAACUAUCGGAGAGACAACCGGGGAGGAUUUUUGCCCAACAACAUUUUGGACGUCGUAG